ACCCCCUCCCCAGCCCUCCCCAGCCCUCCCCAUCACAAGGCACACUGGGACUCAGCACACUCGACUGCCAGCCCAGCCACUGGUCCCUGAGGAGAGCAGACGGAUGUCCACAGGCAUGGAGACAGUAGACAGUGGGGAGGUGGCCCCUGAGGCUCCUCAGCCCACAUGCAUCCGGGUGCACAUCCACCAGGAGUCCGCACUGGCCAAGCUCCUGCUGAGCAGCUGCUCCCUGCUGCAGCCCCUCGUCCCUGCGCCCCGCCCAGCCUCCCGGCCCUUGAGCAGCCACCGGCUGCUGGUGGCCUCCUGGGCAGCGCAGAUCACGCUGGGAAUACUGAGUGGGGUCCUGGGAGGAUUCCUCUACAUCUUCUACAACUCCGCCAUGCGUGCAUCAGGAGCUGCCAUCUGGACAGGGGCUGUGGCUGUGCUGGCUGGAGCUGUCGCCUUCAUUUAUGAGAAAAGAGGUGGCAUCUACUGGGCCCUGCUGAGGACCCUGCUCGCCCUGGGAGCUUUCUCCACGGCCAUGGCCGCCAUCAUCACUGGGGCUAGCGGUUUCCAUAAGUACUCCUUUUAUUUUUAUGACAGUAUCUGUGAUACCUCCCCAUCCUGGGGGCCCACCCGGCCCCCCGGCUCUCCAAAUCCAGAUGUCGGAAGGCUACGGCUCUGCAUCUCCUACUUGGACAUGCUGAAGGCCCUGGCCAGAAGCCUUCAGGGCCUGCUAUUAGGUGUCUGGGUUCUGCUCCUUUUGGCGUCUCUGGUCCCCCUGUGUCUGUACUGCUGGAAAAGACGCCGACCUAAGGAGAAAAGAGACCUUCCCUUAGAAGAAACUGCUGGGAGCCAGUGAAAUCUAGCCCUGCCUCUCUGGAGGACUUCUGCUUGGAGCUCUGCCUGGGCCAGGUGACCCUGCAUCUGCCUUCUGGAAGAAGAACCAGACGGAGAAGAUGCUCCCCACUCGCCCCAGUUGGCCGUCCCCCACAGCCACACUCCACCCUGCUCCUGCACCCAUCACAGCUGCUGUGGCCCGACACCUUCACCAUCCUGCCUGCUUCAUGUCCCCUCCUGAGCAGUGAUGAAAAUAAACUCUCUGUUGUUGCUCCCA